UUACGGUGGAAUGUGGUGCUUGAACAGCUUUAGUACUGUGUAAGGUUAACAGAGUAUGCUUUAAAAUUCAGUAUUUAUACCUCUUUCAUCGAGGAGUUUGUGAAGAGAUUGCUUCAACACAUUAAGUAUUCAUAUAAUAUUUUUGUAAACUUAUACUGGUUUAAAACUGGAUUAUUUGAAAGAAAAAAAUCUUACUGUGAACAAUAUACUCAUUCUGAAUGUUGAAAAAGAUUGUGGGUCUCCGUUGUCAUGCUUCAUAGUUAUUGCAGUACUUAAUUAUAUAUUUGUGGUUAUAUGGUCCAACAUGGCGUCUAAUUUAGAGGGAUCAAUUUAUAGCGGAUCAGAUUUAAUCCACGACUUUUCCUGUGAUAGUUGUGAGGAGAAUGAAAAUAACAAACUGGCUGAUUUUUAUUGUGAGAAAUGUUUAAAGUUUUACUGUAACACAUGCUUGCAACAUCAUAAUCAACUCUAUAAAAAGCAUGACAUAUUUGGAAGAAAUUACUUGAACAAGUGGCCAGUUGCCAAGGCAUCAGAGGAUUUACACGAAUAUUGCCUGGAACACAAAGACAAGAAACUGGAAGUAUUUUGUGAGGACCACGGUGAUCUGUUGUGUGCUGUCUGUCAUAUCUACCGUCAUAAAAAAUGCAAUCGUGUCGUACUUAUAGCUGAUAAACUGAAAGAUCUUAUCGAAAAAGAUGCUUUCAAGCAUUUGGUAUCAACUAUCGACAUAUUACAUGGGCAGUUGAUACAGAAGACAAAUGGCUUUGAGAAACAUAUGGAUUCUCUCGAGAAAUCUUACAAGACUGUUCUUAAUGAUAUCAAUAGUAUACGCAAGAAAGUUAUCGAUAGUUUGGAUAAGCUACAACUAAAAACCAUCAGAGAAUUAGAUGAUUUAAAGGCAGAUUUGAUGAAAUCGCUUCAAACUGAUAUCACAAUCUGUAACGACAAUAUUAACGCAAUGAAAAGUGUAAAGGUUACUAUACAGGAUAUGCCUAAGAAAAGUGAAACCGUUCAAUUCCUGACGUACAUAAAAUGCAUUGACAAGUCCCAUCAGGCGGACAAAAUGCUACAAGAAAUGGCCGCAAAAGAUGAGAUAACAAUAUCUUUUAAACCUGAUACAAUUGUUGAACAGACUCUAUCUGCACUCUCAGGACUAGGAUCUUUUCCAAAGAAUGAGGUGCAGCCAACAAAAGAAGAUGUAGUUACUAGUCAGGUUGUACACGGUGAAGUAUCCAGCUUAAAUCAGAAAAACCAGCUUAUCGACCCGGAAAAGCGUAUGAGCGAAGAAAACCAGGAAGACUUAUUUGCAAAUCUAAUACCAGGUUCAUCUAGCCAAACUUUUCACGACAACCAAAAAUAUGGCUUAAACAAGGCACGCACAUUGUCGCACCUAGACCAAGUAAUCACAGUGAGCAAUAAAACUUUGUACAACGUCAGCUCAAAGAGUGAUUCACAGACAUGCUGUAUAACAGCAAUAUGUGAGAUGGCUACUGGAGAACUUUUAAUCAGUGACUUUAAUAACAAGUCAGUGAAGUUAUUGAGUCAGACCUCUACUGAGGUCGUUGCCCACUAUGAUUUUCUUGAAGCCAUUUUGUCCAUUUUCAACAUAGAACCAUAUCUGGUGGCUGUAACUGUGGGUAAAAACGAGAUCCACUUCAUCCGAAUGGUCAAUAAUUGUCAAUUGCUGAAGGACAGGAAAUUUAAAAAACUUAAACUCCCUCAUCGAUGUAUGAGUAUUGCCCACAACCAAGGUAUUAUUUACGUCACAUCAGGAACAGAGCUAUAUAGCUACACUAUUGAUGGAGAAUUAGUGAGCAAGAUUUAUGAAGACACGUCAACCCGCAAUUCAGCUACUGCCUGUGCGGUCAGUCCAGAUGGCAACAAUAUAUACGUGGUGAACGGUCACAGCGAAAAACUAGUCACACUGUCCAGGGAUGGUACAGUGAUUGCAACAAUGAAUGACCCUGCGCUGCAAUGGGGCACCGAAAUGUUUGGCAUUCAUGUGACAGACUCUGGACAAGUUUUAGUGUGUGGAGGCUUGUCUAACAGAAUCAUCCAGGUAGAAAAUCGUGGUAUACAGACACUGGCAGAGGUUGUCAGUGGAGUGAGAAAACCAAUAGCAGUCUUCUACAGUAAAUCCAGGGACUCACUCAUCGUUAGCAUGAAAGAUAAUAAUAACAUACUUGUGUGCAAGAUUCAGUCAAAUAAUAUCUGCACGCCAAGAAAGCAUUCUUAUGAGAAUACACACGUAAACACACUUUAAAAAGGGUGUAGUAUAAGAUUUGGUUUCACUCUCAACGUGCUAUCAAUGUAAUUCAUAAAAGUGCGUUUAAGAUGUUGUUGAGAUGAAAACACGUUUAAAAUAAUUAAGUGCAUACACAUGUACUAAAAUAUGCAAUUGUGGAAAUAUGGGUUAUUAACGUGUUUUAAAUGUUACAAUUUUGUUAUUGAAGUUUUAUAUCAAUUUUCUUUUGUUUUCGUCUUAUGAUUAACCCAAUUUUGUGCACAAGACAUGGAACAAUUUCUGUAAGCUCCUAAUGCUGACUUUCCAAAAACAUUGCAUAAUAUCCAGUAACCGCAAGUCCAUAUGUACUUGCCAUUAGUGGGUAUCACAUGAUGUUUUCCUGUUAAGAUGACUUACUGGAUAACACGAACAAUUUCUACUUGCCAGUGCCAAGUAAUUAUUGACAACGUGAACACUUUUCAGAUAAUAUUCGACAUAGCUAGCGGAUAUGUGGUUGCCAGAUAUAGUCCACUGAAAAUUAAGUAUUAUUGCAUGUAUUGCUUUAAGCUUGCUAGAUAAAUUAUGUAAAAAAUGAAUAUUGUGGUGAAAUACGUUGUUCACGCUUUUACUUUCAUAAGUGUAUAUAACCUGCUUAAACUUAAUAUGUAUUGAUUUAUGUAAACCUAUUUAAGUAUAUCCAUUGUAUCAAGCAAUUUGUCCAAAAAGAAUACGGAAGGUAAGUAUGGAUAUUUUUUUACAUGAUAUCGACAAAUGUUGACAUUUUAUCAAUUGUUAAAGUAUUAUUGGAUUGUCUAGACAUUGUCGUGUUUGUGGAAGAAGCAGUGUUCAUGGUAGUUUACAUUUUAUCAAUACUACUAGUAUUUAUAUAUAAUAUAAGA